GGCGGGGCGGCCCGGCAGGUGCGGGCGGAGCGGGGCGGGGACCCGCGGGACUGCCCGGCCUCCGCCCGCCGCUGCGGGGCGGCGCGACCCUGCGGCCCGGUGCGGAUCAGCCCCCGCCGAUGGCUGCCCUGGGUCACACUGCCCCGCCGGGCGGAGCGGGGCGGCCCGGCCACCGCCGGUGAGGCAGUGCGGGGCCGCCCCCGGGGCCGCGGUGGGCCGGGCCGGGACUGCCCGGCAGCGGCGGCGGCGCCCGCCCCGGCGCGCAGCGCGGCUCUCCCCCGGCUCCCGGGCUGCGCGGCCCCGGGAUCGGCGGCGCUCCCAGCCGGAGGAAGAUGCUGCCGGGGUCUAUCCAGAUCUCCGGGGAGACGCUGUCGGGGGCGGAGAUCCGGGACAUCUGCGAGAGCCUGCGGGAGAAUUCGGUGCGGCUGCUGUCGCUGCGGGGCUGCCAGCUCUCCGAGCGGGACUUCGGGCACGUCUGCCGCGGGGUGGCCGAGUCCCGCUCCCUCGCUCAGCUCAACCUCAACCUGGGCAUCGUCUCCAAUAUCAACCGCGUCAAGCAGCUGGCCGAGGCCCUGAAGACGAACCGCUCCGUUCAGUCCCUCUUCCUCCAUGGGAGUCCCUUGACAGAUGCAGGCUUGGCCCUACUCAACCCUGCUCUCUCCAUCCACCCUUCGCUGGUGGCUCUGGAUCUAGGAGACUGCAUGCUGGGUGAUGAAGGCAUCAACCUUAUCUGUGGGCUCCUGCCGCCUGAUGGGGCCAAGUCUGGCCUCAAAGAGCUAACACUGAGCGCCAACCCAGGCAUCACAAGUAAAGGCUGGGGACGCCUAGCCAUUGCAGUGGCUCACAGUUCACAGCUCCGUGUGCUGAACCUGGACUACAACCCCCUAGGUGACCAGGUAGCCGGGAUGCUCGCUGUCGCUGUGGCCUCCAGUCGAACCCUCGAAGUGCUGGACUUGGAGGGAACAGGACUUACCAAUCAGUCAGCUCAGACCUUGCUGGACAUGGUAGAGAAUUACCCCACAGCCCUACGAACACUCAUCCUGGCAGAGAACAACAUUAGUCCUGAGCUGCAGCAGCAGAUCUCUGAUCUUCUCUCAGAGGGCGAGGAAGAGGAGGAGACAGAGGUCCAUGAAGUCACAGCCAGGGAGAAGAACCCCUGGAUCUGCCAGAACAAUUCCAGCUCCCAGAUGGUCCUGAUGACAUCAGGCCUCGGUGACAGCCUCUUAGCAGAAACAGAAAUGUAGCUGGGCUACCCUGCCUGCUUCUGCCGAGAGAGCCCCGUGCACCUGCCAGCCCUAGCCUCCGCUGGGCUGCCCAGCCCUCUUCUCACACAUCUCACCUCCUGUCGAUGCCUCCCUCGGCUUCGAGCGCAGGAGCCUGCUCCAAGCGAAUCUCUACACACGUCUGUGUCCUCACACGCCUCGUCGGCCGCUUGUGAUUGUCCCUGUCGCCGCAUGUGUAGCUCACGCCGCCUGCCACCCCCACGCCCGGCUGCGCCCGCAGGGCGCGGGCUGUAUUUAUUCAGAUGCGCCUAAGAGAUGUCCUUUCUAUCGCUUGUACUGCUGUCGCGAUGAGACUUUUAUAAAGGUCACAGCUAUGGUGGCACCACUCGGCA